AUGGACGAUCUUCCUUCAGAAAUCAUUCUCAAUAUUACUUCAUAUCUAGAACCUUCAGACAUCGUCAAACUACAAUUCGUUUCCAAACGAUAUUUAGAACUUGGUCGCGAUGACACUCUCUGGCGAGAACAAUGUUUCACGCAUUCCUCAUUUCUCGACAAGCUCCGCAGACGUCAAGAAUUAAUAUCUUCCGAAACCGAAGACGAUUCCGGAAUGCGUGAAUUAGCCAUAGCUCUCGCUACGAACAAUGGAACCGGCGAUUCGAGAUUGCAUAAACCUCGUCAGGAAGCGCGAGACCUGAGGAGUAAAGCAAACGAGAGGAUUAGAAUAUUGGCGAAUUGGGAUCCGAGUUAUCCUACGGAGAAGGUUAAGUGGUAUGAUGAGUAUAUAGCGAGAAAUGCGCCGAUUUCAACUAGUUGGUUGCAGCAACCUCGUCAUCGCGAAAGUGCUAGUCGUGAACAUUUGGAGGUGCGGGGAAUGGCGGUGUAUACACCCAAAGGAGAUACUCGAGCUACUAUGGUUGUUGCACCUCUUGAUGAUGGUUCCAUUUGUAUUUGGGAUAUCGGUGCGAAUGCCUCUCGAAAAGGCAGCAUUGUCGCAAGAAGCAAGUCCGGGAUUCUGGCGGAGAGUGGAAGGUCACAGGAUCUUAAGGCAAGGUCAAAGAUGAUAAGUACAGGUGUCACAGAAUGUAUUAGUGUUGACAGUACUCUAAAGAAAGCCUAUGUUGCUGUUCAAAGUGGUCUGGUUGAAGUUGAUCUCGAGACCUUACAGACGGUAAACCAUGAAGCAUAUCCAUUUUCUAUCACUGCUCUCUCUGAAGCAAAACAUCCGACACCCUUGACUGUGGGAACCAAUCUAUCUCUCUAUCUUCAUGAUUCUCGUCAAAGAGCAAACGUUGGAUCGCCCAGCCAAAUAGAACGACUUGAUUCUUUCAAAGUCACAUCUGGCUCUACAGACAAGUCGUUUAGUUUUAAAAGCUUGCUAAACCCAGAGCCAAGCUCCGAUUACGCUCACCUAUAUCAACCGGGGCCACUAAGUAUUGUGCAUCUGCCCAGUUCGGGUGAUGACUGGAAUGGUAAUGGAGAUAUUUACGUUGCUGGACGAUUUCCUAGCAUUCUGAAUUAUGACCGUAGAAAUUUUCCCAAGCUUAGAGGAACUAUUCAUUCUGGUGCACGAUUAUCUCAAAUUGCUACGCUCCCAUAUCCCUUUGCAUCGAUGGAAAAGGACCUCGCCCGUCGGGGUGAACUUUCCGUUGAGCAGGUAUGGAAAGCUAAGACUAGACCAGGCAAAACCUUGAUUGCUUGCGGUGAGUAUAAUAGUAAAGGUUCGCUGGAGAUGUAUGGUCUUUGUUCUGAUCCAAAUCUUUCCACUAUAUCUUCCCAGUUCUCCGCGGGGCGGCUGCAAGAUUCUACUAUGAAGAAUCGUCAAACAUCAUCCAGCUCAAAACUGUUAUCUGUUGCCAAUCACGGUACCCGCAUUGUUGUUUCUGACGGAGGGGGUAACCUGAAGUGGUUCGAAAGGGAUGGAUUCACCGAGUCCCGAAGAUGGAAUAUUGCUCAUGGUUCCGUCGAAGCGCCAAGGGGCAUAUUUGGCACAUUGGGUGACUCUUACAUGGAUUCAGGAUCUGGAGACAUCGCGAUCAAAAUUCAGACAACUGACUCUGGGAUCGACGAACGGCCCGUCAACGAAAAUGAUCUUAUUUUGUGGACAGGAGACAAAGUAGGGCUGUUAAAUUUCUCUAGCAAACCUGGUUUCACAGCCGACUCUUUUGAAGAUACUCCCAAAACUGCCGAGGAGGCUCUUCAAGAAAAGGAAGAGCGUACCCACGCGGCGACCAUGAGAAGAGCACUGGAGAUGCAGGCAAAUGAGGUCAGAUUGGCAGUACUUGUAUGCCGAUCGGAGAAUAAGGCUCGUCAGGAUUCAGGAAAUUGUCUUUGGGUUAGAGUACGGAGUGAGGGUAAGAGUAAGAGUAAGAAGAGUAAGAGUAAGUGUGUAGGGGUUCUUAGUAGCAAACGCCUAGGUAGUAAGUAG